ACGUAGGUAUACCGAUUGAUCAUGAUUCAUGUAAUAAGGGACAUAGAUAUUCAACUUCGAUAUAGUCGUGAGCAUUACUGCUUUACUGAAAUUGAAACUGUCCCUGUCCGUCAACUUCUUCAGAAAGUACGAUGUGCUCGCGUAUUUUACGUUGUAUUUUAAUUUCGGUGUUGAUUUCAACGGCAUUUUUCUCAAUAUUUUGGCUGGAUUUCACUCACGACCGUACAAAUUCCAAGCCAGUCAUACUCAACUCUUCCAGAGACCCAGUCGUCAUCGCCUCACCACCUGCAGAUUACAACUGCUGCAAACCUUUAAACAUCACCCUGCGCAAACACAUCUACUUCGUCAAAACCCACAAAACCGGAAGCACGACAGUACAAAACAUCAUUCUACGUUUCGCUCUAAACCAUUCUCUCGACAUAAUGAACACCAUUUACUUCCUAUACUACCAACCAUUCUCAGACCAAUCAAUCUACCCCUUCUUGAGAACACCCAACAACAAAUACCACGUGUUAGCCAGCCACGUCAGAUACACCUCCGAACUCAGAUGGUACCAAUACCCAAACACACCUAUGGUGACAAUAAUGCGCCACCCAGCCAAAUUAUUCCCAUCAUUGUACAACUAUUUCCACAUGAACGAGACAACCGGAAUGACUUUCCAGCAAUUCAUGAAUGCUCCUGUGAAACCUGCCUUUGUAACCUCGUCCAUGAAUAUGUUAGUGUAUCGAGGAUACAAUCAAAUGAGCUACGAUUUAGGUUUCGAUUUAAUCACAAGUGGCCGGAAUCAAACCACUAUUAACGAAUUUAUCGAGAAAAUAGACAGAGAAUUCGAUUUCGUCAUGAUAAUGGAGCAUAUGGAAGCAUCUCUGGUAUUACUAGCUAAUCUAAUGGGAUGGCCUUUGGAAUACGUGGCUCAUUUGAAAAUGAACGUCAGUCCUGCAGACUCGUCGAAUACGUACAAAUUGAGCUUCAAAGAUGAGUUAACAUUGCUCCAUCUAAACCACGUGGAUAGCUUGUUGUAUCAUCAUUUUUUGAAUAAAUUCCGCGCCUGUGUCAGGAAAUAUGGCGAGGUUAAAAUGCAACGAAAAAUCAUUCAGCUCAGGAAACUGAAUCAGAAACUGAAACACAGAUGUGUAGCGGGAGAACGUGUAGGAGGUUUGAAUUUUGGUUAUUUUCAAGCCAUAGAGUACGUACCAAAAAACACUUCGGAUUUGGAAUGCGUUUACGCGACCAGUAUGGAAAUCCCUUUUGAAAUCAUCGUUAUGGAAGAACAAUUCAAAAAAUUACACAAUCCUCGAAAUAAAAAUCAAUAUUACAAAACGUAAUUUCAAUUUUAUUAU